AUGCUCCCAAAGGCGCACUCAGAGUGCACCUGGACCGAAAAGGCGGACGGCGGCCUCUACCACCAGUAUUUCUACGACGUUGCUAGGCACGCGCGCACCCUCGAGGCGUGCAGGGAGUUUUGCUGCCGAGCGGCGGAGUGCAAGGCCAUCAGGUUCUCCCCCACGGCCGUGGAUGGCCCCGACCUGCAGUGCCUGCUGUACCCGCGAGGAGCCGAGGCGUGGAGCCUGGAGCAGCCCCUGUACAAGGACUACCGGGUCCACUUGAGGGGCGAUGGGGUGAUCGGCCAGCGGUCAGCAACAGGACCUGCUGGACAAGCCCUGGUGGGAGACGCGCAAUCUGGAGGCUGCCCGCGUGGGGCCGAACGGCGAGCAUCCCAGCGAUGA